UGCCCGGCCCCUCCCCCCCCACGGCGGCAGUUGGCGGCGGUAGAUCGAGCGAGCGAGAGAGACAGACCGUGUGAGGGAAGAUGGUGGCGAAGCAGCGGAUCCGGAUGGCCAACGAGAAGCACAGCAAGAACAUCACCCAGCGCGGCAACGUGGCGCGGAGCACGCGCCCCCUGCUGGAGGAGAAGGCCCCCGUUGCUCCCUGGUUAUUAGCCCUCUUCGUAUUUGUGGUGUGUGGAUCAGCGAUUUUCCAGAUUAUCCAAAGUAUCCGAAUGGGCGCCUGAAGACAGACCAGCCAGAGGGAACAGUUUUCCGUUUACCGAACGCUGACUUUCCCCCUCUCUCCGUGUCUCCCUCCGUCUCUCUCCCACUCUCUCUCUCUCUCUCUCUCUCUCUCUCUCUCUCGGUCACUCUCUCAGACUCUGCUUCAUUCCUGAUCAACUCUCGUUCGGACCGAUCAACGAAAAAAAACCCCUUUUGCCUCGUGAAACCAGCGACUUCGAAACGAGAAGAAAGGGGGGGGG